UAAGAAUAUGACUAAGCAGGAAGUAUGAGAGAGCACGGCCCACCAGGGCAGCUGCGGGUGGUUUGGCAUGGCUCGAGUCGAUUUUACGUAUUGUUUUCCCGAAAACAAACAGAACAAAUCAAAACCUGAGUGGGUUAAAGAGGAAGGCUAGAAGGGGAAGUUAAGUGUUGGUGGGAAUUUGUCACUUUUCAGGAUUACUCGGCAUGACUUAGAUGUUUCUUCUAAAAGCCUGACAGAUAACUUCCUUUGGGGAACUGCCAGACUGACUAAUCUGUUACCUUAGGGCAUUGGGUCCCAAACUUUGCUGUUCACGAGAAUCACCCCGGGAGUUAAAAAACGACAACAAAACAAAACCAAAAAACCAAACAAAACCCUCAGAUACCUGGGUCGCACCCACCACCCAUGACCUCGGAGUGUCUGGGUGUGGGGACGAGGCGUCGGUAUUUUUAAAGAUCCUCUCGCGAUUGCAUUGGGCAGCAAAGUUCCGGAGUCACUGCCUUAGGGCAGAGCCGGGUUUGUGUGGUGCUUUAACCACUCUCCUCCGGGUUCCGGUUCCAAACAUUCCUCACGUUGUUUUCGCUCCUUUGUCGGGUUGGGGGCGCUGUGAGCAGGAAGAGCAGGUGGAGUCGCCCAAUUAGGAGGUCCCAGCCCGCAGAGCCCGUCGGCUGGGUCCGCAGAGCGGCACGGGAGUGGAUUUCUGCUUUGUCAUUCUGACUCCGGAGGCCCCGCCCGCUCCGAGCAGGGCGUGGUUUCUCGCGGCCGCGGGGAGCCCGCCGUCUCCGCCUCGCCGAGCCACAGUCCGCCGGGCCCGGAGCCGAAGCCGGGGAGCCGCCCGCGAGGAGAGCCUGGGGGCCGGGCGCUCGGGUUCACGCCAGCGGCUUAUCAAGAGGGCAGACUUCAAAACCUACUAAACAUGAAUGGCUCUGAGGAUCUUCCUGAGGCCUAUGACUAUGACCUCAUCAUCAUUGGAGGGGGCUCAGGAGGACUGGCAGCUGCUAAGGAGGCAGCCAGAUAUAAUAAGAAGAUAAUGGUCCUGGAUUUUGUCACUCCAACCCCUCGUGGAACUAGAUGGGGUCUCGGAGGAACAUGUGUAAAUGUGGGUUGCAUACCUAAAAAACUGAUGCACCAAGCAGCUCUGUUAGGACAAGCCCUACAGGACUCUCGGAACUAUGGUUGGAGCACCGAGGAGACGGUUAAACAUGACUGGGAUAAAAUGACAGAAGCUGUACAGAACCACAUUGGCUCUCUGAACUGGGGCUACCGGGUAGCUCUGCGGGAGAAAAAGGUGACCUAUGAGAAUGCAUAUGGACAGUUUGUGGGUCCUCAUAGGAUUAAGGCAACAAAUAACAAAGGCAAAGAAAAAAUUUAUUCAGCAGAGAGAUUUCUCAUUGCUACUGGUGAGAGGCCACGUUACUUGGGAAUCCCCGGUGACAGAGAGUACUGCAUCAGCAGUGAUGAUCUUUUUUCCUUACCUUAUUGCCCGGGUAAGACCCUGGUGGUUGGAGCAUCCUAUGUUGCCCUGGAAUGUGCUGGAUUUCUUGCUGGCAUUGGUUUAGAUGUUACUGUUAUGGUACGAUCCAUUCUCCUUAGAGGAUUUGACCAGGACAUGGCCAACAAAAUUGGUGAACAUAUGGAAGAACAUGGUGUCAAGUUUAUAAGACAGUUUGUACCAAUAAAAGUUGAACAAAUUGAAGCAGGGACACCAGGCCGACUCAGGGUGGUAGCUCAGUCCACCAGUAGUAGCGAAACCAUUGAAGGAGAGUAUAAUACGGUAUUGCUGGCAAUAGGAAGAGAUGCUUGCACAAGAAAAAUUGGCUUAGAAACCGUGGGAGUAAAAAUAAAUGAAAAGACUGGAAAAAUACCUGUCACAGAUGAAGAGCAGACCAAUGUGCCUUACAUCUAUGCCAUUGGUGAUAUAUUGGAGGGGAAGCUGGAGCUCACCCCAGUAGCAAUCCAGGCAGGAAGAUUGUUGGCUCAGAGGCUUUAUGCUGGCUCCAAUGUGAAGUGUGAUUAUGAAAAUGUUCCAACAACCGUGUUUACUCCUUUGGAAUAUGGUGCCUGUGGUCUUUCUGAGGAGAGAGCUGUGGAGAAAUUCGGGGAAGAAAAUAUUGAGGUUUAUCAUAGUUACUUCUGGCCAUUGGAGUGGACAAUUCCCUCAAGAGAUAAUAACAAAUGUUACGCAAAAGUAAUCUGUAACAUCAAAGAUAAUGAACGUGUCGUGGGCUUCCACGUACUGGGUCCAAAUGCUGGAGAAGUUACACAAGGCUUUGCAGCUGCCCUCAAGUGUGGACUGACCAAAAUGCAGCUGGACAGUACCAUUGGAAUCCACCCCAUCUGUGCAGAGGUAUUCACGACCUUGUCAGUGACCAAGCGCUCUGGGGCAAGCAUCCUCCAGGCUGGCUGCUGAGGUUAAGCCCCAGUGUGGAUGCUGCUGCCAAUACUCCAAACCACUGCUGUGUUUCCUUGCCCAAACCCAAGGGGAAGUUUUUAGGAAGGUCUUGGGCUUUGGCACCUGGACGUCCUGUGCGCACAGCACCCAAGGCCCCCUUGGAUCUCCUGGGCAGGAGGUGGUGAAUGGAAGGCAGGCAGCGUCGCACUGGGGUCACCGUGAAGGACUGGAACUGACCUUCGGCAUGCAUCGGCGUGGUGCGUCCAUGAAGUCACUGGCCUCAAGCCAUGCGGUGGGCAGUGAUGGAGCAACUGUCGAGCAGUUUUAGUGUGAUCUUUCCUUUCUGAGUUUGCCUAUUCUCCCUGUUAAGCUUUUUAAUGUUGAUUGCUUUUUUUUUCCCUCCAAGGUGUAAAUGAUACUAGAGAGGAGAAAUGUUAGCAGUUGGUUUUUGUUCAAAAGCAGGUCUUGAGAAUGCAAGUAAGGUGCCUUGUGCACGGGAGGCGUGGUUUGGUCACUUGGAGGCUGCUUAGGCUUGUCCUGCACAACAGAACUGUGCCAGGAUUCCAGUGUCCUGUCCUUUGUGACCGACCUAUCAUUCAGUGUCUCCCCUCAGGGGUUCUGUGUCAGAACAAGUACAGUUGUGACAAGAUCUGGCCUCAUUUGUCCCAUUUGCUACAUCACCUACUGUUCUUAGUUUUAAUGCUGUUUAGGAAAGAAGGUGGCUCCUUGGCCAGCUUGUUUGAAGUAAUACUCCACUGCACAGACCUAGUCAGAGAGGAGGGUUCCCACCAGGACUCACCGUGGAGGCAGAGGUGCACCUUUAAAUGGGGAAGAACAAUAAAUAUUUUCCUUUAUUUAGUGUAUCGUGUUGGUCUAAGUGAGCUCUUUCUCAGUAAGAAACAUUUAACUUGGGUAAUACUUUUUGGGGGUAACCUGAGCUUUAAGCUAAAAACAAAGACUAUCACAGCCUUACUUUUCAUGUGUGUUACAUAUCUAUCCCUUCCUAUGAGCUGUGUUCAUAGGAAAAUAGGUCCCUCACACUUACGAUUCAACUCUGUUAUGGUAAUUGAUGUUUAAAGGAAGUAUUAAUGUCCUAAGUUAUUAUUUUUGAACACAGGUGGAUGUGAAGGAUUUUCAUUUAAAAACCAAAUGGUUUUGACUUUUUUUCUGUUGAAUGAAUGACUGAUCCUGGCGGAAUUGUGGUCAAAGCAUUCCAGCUUGUAGCAUGACAGAGAGGGUUGGCUCUGCAGUUUGAGAUUCCUACAUGAAUGUGCUGACUAUUCCACGAUGACGUGUGGGCCACUUUGUCUCUCAAAGUUGGAUCUGCACCAUAUGCUGUGGCUGUCAGGCCCCUGCCAGCCCAUCACCUCCUCUCAGCUCGAGUUCUCAGCAGCAACGCUGAGUGGCAGUACAUUUUUUGGUCACCUCAGGGAACUUCUGCAUCUGCCUGGCAUGUAGUCAGCAGGGUGCCUACCCCUGUCCCACACGGCUCUGCCUCACGCCCUCACCCAUGCGGCUCUGAAGAGCACAAAAAGGAAAACGGGGAUUUGGGGGGGGGGAGGGGACAACGACUGAGGCAGUUGACUGUGUUCAGCUUUAUUUAUUUUUUUUAGUCGAUUUUUUUUUCUCCAAGACUACCAGUCUCAGAAGUUAGAACAAUAGGCAGUAUGAUAUGUUUGUGCCUAAUCAUGUUGUGAUUCUUUCUUCUUAGUAGAAUGGAAUGUUGUCCCCCAUAAGAAGGAUUAUACUUGAUAGACUUGUCUUAUUUAGGUUCUGUAAUUGCCCACUGUACUGAGAUUCAUAUUAAAUCCAUGUAUUUUUGUUAUGUACCUUCUGGGGGAAAAAAAAUGUGAAACAUUAAAAGGUAUUAAUAUGCA